CAUCCAGGUGGAGAAGAGGUUUUGCUCGAACAAGCCGGUAGAGAUGCCACGGAGAGCUUCGAAGAUGUUGGGCAUUCCUCAGAUGCCAGGGAAAUGCUCAAGCAGUACUACAUAGGGGAGAUCCACCCGCACGAUCGUAAGAAAGAAGGUUCCAAGAAUCCAAGUAUGACAUCCUCAGGCCAAUCAAGUUUCUGGUCAACAUGGCUAAUCCCAGUCUUCGGAGCACUGGUCCUAGGUUUAAUGUAUCGCUAUUACAUGCUGGAUGGGAGAACCUCUUGA